AUGAGAAGACCUACGGCACAUGCUCCAGAUCCACCUGAUACAACAACACAGAGGACUGUUGUCUCUUUUGUCCAUGAUGUGGCUUUUGGUGCGUUGGUCGCUGUUCAGAUCGCCAUCGCCUUGGGCUACCGACUUCUCGAAUUCCUUGUUGCCAUCACCUCCAGCCUCGGUCAAACCCUUUCACCUCUCCUCGGAGUCAUUGCUGGAUCCCUGGAGCCGGUCAUGGCGACCUUGGCUCACCCCUUUUAUGUCAUCAACGCUUUCUGCACCUCCAUGAACACUGAUGCCUCGUUACAAACCUCCUUCAUCUGCUUUGGAGGGUUACUUGUUCUGAGUGUACAACUUUGCUUCGGUCUUGGUUGGCAAAACAUUUGUCCCUCCAUGGCGAGGCUUAUUGUGAUUGUCGUGUGGGUUUGGAUUGUAUUGGCCAUUUGGACACUUGUGGUGUUUUUGAGACACCAGUGGCAGUUACAUAAAGUUAUCAAAAAGGACAUGCAGAGGAAGAAGGUCAAGGAAAGAGCAGAUGAAAACUGGUACGACAAGCCAAGGCAAUGGAAGAAAAUCGUAUGGACGCCGGCGCCGCUGGUUGUUGCCUACAGCCAUAAUUGGAGUAUGGAUGGCAAGUCACGCCGCCGGUUUCCAAGUAUCAAGGAUCUGGAUGAUGAUCCCAAUCGCAACUGGUCCAACGAACACGGAAACUUAUCUCCAAAGCCGGCAACAUCAUCCACACCUAGCACCGGUUAUGGACGACGUAGCCUUCUUCCUCCCAUCAUAGGAGUUCCCAGAUCGACAGGUGCAGGGAAGAGAAUUUCAAGGAAGCCAACUCCGCUGGUUGUUGCUCACAGCAAUCAUCGGGGUAUGUGUAUGGAUGGAAAUGGCGAUUGCAAUCGCAAUUGGUCCAAUGAGCAUGGGAACCUGAGUCCUGAGCCGGUAAGAUUGCCCAAACCUGACACUGGCAACGACCACCUUGCCUUUGAUUCUGCACCUUCAUCCCCAUUAAAGCCAGUCUUCACACCAAGCUCGUCUGCUUCAGACUUUUCUGGUCAUAACAAGAUUCGCUUUACGCCGACUGACACAAACACAAGCAUUACACCCUCGACCAGAGGAACUACAUCGUCAUCUGGAGCGAUCCUGACGCCUGCUGAGACCCUCUGCAUGAGUGAAGAAGAGUUCUUGGAACUGGUCGGCAUCGAGCCUCCUCAGAGAUCACAGCGCAACCCUACUGGCUCAAACAAUCUAGCUCAUGGGACCAGAAACCUCACACCAGCUCUAGUACGAGAUAAACUCGAGCUUGUAGGCCAUAUCAGGGAUGUCUUAGCUGAUCAUGGAUGUUUCGGGUUUGCGCAAAUCUCACCUAUCAGCUCGGAUGCAGCGUCAGAGGCUACUGUGAUCUCUACGCCAGUUACCACAGCUUCGUAA